AUGCUAGAACUGAAAGAUCGCCUUCGUAAUAUUGGAAGAAAUUUUGCUCUAGAUAAAUUACGCUCUAGACUUGGGGCAAGAGUUAUUCCAGAACCCCUAAACCUGGUUUUUAUGGGAAACCCAGGCACAGGCAAAACAACAGUUGCAAGGCUUUUCGCAGCUAUACUCAAAGACAUUGGAAUGAUCGCAGAAAACAAAGUAGUCGAAGUACAAAGAGACGACCUGGUUGGUGUUCAUAUUGGUUCCACUGAAGCAAAUACAGUCCAGAAGAUACGCGAAGCAGAGGGGGGUAUACUCUUUAUAGAUGAGGCGUACCAGUUGUACCGCGAGGGCGUCUCAAAAAAUGACUUUGGUGCAGAGGCCAUUGGUGUGAUAAUGAAACACUUGAACCAAGAAGAUAAUAGACAGCUUUGUAAAACAGUGUUCAUCCUAGCAGGGUAUGAGAGGGAGAUGAAGCAUUUUAUGUCUGCCAACAAAGGGUUAUUCAGACGAUUCCGUGAACCCGUUUAUUUUCGCGAUUACAGCCCGAUAGAACUUGGGGAUAUUAUGACGACUCUUAUUAGAAAGCAGGGAUUCUCCAGUGAAGACCAAAUCAACUGGGUAGAUUUUUUCUCCUCUCUUCCCCAAUCCUAUCUUGCCUUAUUCAACGGGGCAAUAUGCAACCGAGCAUUUGUCAAGAUAAAAGAAGCCAUGAGUGAAAGGGUCCUGUUUGGAAGUAUUUCGAGGGAAGGGCUUUUUCAGCUGUCAAAGGAUGAUGUUGCUAAGGCAUUGGCCGCUUUGAAAAUAGACGCGCAGUUCGCUGAAGAGAAACACUUGAUAGACAAAAGCACGCAAGUGGAGGAGGGCGAUUUCAAUUAA